AUGAUACCGAUGAAGAAGCAACGUAUUUGUUAAGGGCUGGGAAUAACGUCGAUGCUCAUAAAAUAGUCAUAUCAAAAAUUGCACCAGAAAGUAUUUUACAUAAAAGACAUAAAAAAUUGCAAGAAUUACUCGAAAGAAUUGACCCAAAUUUCGUCCCUGAUUGGGAUUUGGAUAUAGAAAAUAACCCCACCUACCGGACUGACCUUAUGGGAAUUUGCCAAAGCAUUUUAAGUGGUCUCGCAAAAAUGAAGCCCAUCGAUCUUCAAUACAAAAAGUGUAUCACCUACAUGAUAUAA